AGUAGUAGAGGUUUUUUUUCUUAUAUUUUCGUUAAAAAUAUAAACGCGUGUUGUAGAACUUAGAAGAUAUCACUGGAAUUUGAUUAACACAAUUUUAAUUUUUUUUAUAAACGAAGCGACAAACAUUUCCGAAAUUGUAGCUACGUUUAUCAAGAAAAACUAAGAUGGCACACUCCUCGGAAAGUAAAGGCUUUAAAAGCGGAGCAAUAGAUUUUGUAGCUGGAUCACUUGGUGGUGUGGCAGUGGUUUACGUUGGGCAACCAUUGGAUACAGUGAAAGUAAAGAUGCAAACGUUCCCUCACCUAUAUAAAGGCAUGUAUGAUUGUUUAAAACAGACACUCAAAAAUGAUGGCAUAAUCAGAGGGCUAUAUGCAGGGACCACACCGGCAAUUAUGGCCAAUGUUGCAGAGAACUCUGUACUUUUUGCAGCAUAUGGCUAUUGUCAAAAGUUUGUUUGUCAUGUAACAGGUACCGAGAGCACGGACCAGCUCUCCAUGGUGGGUAACGCAACAGCGGGUUUUCUGGCUGCUUUCUUCUCAUCAUUCCCUCUGUGUCCGACUGAACUGAUCAAGUGCCAACUUCAAGCUAUGAGAGAGGUCAACAUGCAAGGCUCCCAAACAGCUAUAACGCCACUACAGCUGUCUCAACAAAUAUUCAAGCAAUAUGGUAUACAAGGUCUGUUCAGAGGUCUGGUACCGACCAUUAUGAGAGAGAUGCCCGGGUAUUUCUUCUUUUUCGGAGGAUAUGAAGGUACAAGAGAAUUGUUAGCAAAGCCGGGACAAUCGAAGGAUGACAUAGGUUUUGUAAAAACCAUGAUCGCCGGAGCAGUAGGCGGCUGUGUUCUCUGGACUGUUAUCUUUCCCUCCGAUGUCAUCAAGUCGCGUGUUCAAAUAUCAAACAAAAAAUUAAAGUUCCUAACAGUCGGCUAUGAGAUUGUAAAGAAAGAAGGUUUUCUAGCACUUUACAAUGGAUUAAAACCUACGCUAAUAAGGACAGUACCGGCGACAGCUGCGUUGUUUGUGGUGUACGAAUAUUCCAAGAAAUUUAUGCACCAAUCAUUUGGGGAUUAAUUAUUAGCUUUUAUGCGAUACUUAUAAAUACUCUGUACAGCAUUUGGGAAUAGUUAUAAUUUUUUAAUCGUAAUUUCUGCCAAAUAGUACAACAGUAUACUGUUGUCUCUCUUUUUUUCAAAGAUAAUGAAAAGCCUUACGUAUCGGUCAACUCGCGGUAAUGUUGAUAAUUACUUAAGAGAAUAAUAAUGUAUUUUAAAUCAA